AUGAUAGCCACACGUCUCCAAGUUAAAUUACUGAAUGGCAGUUUGGCUGGUCUAGAGCUUAGAAUUGAUGAAGCAGAUGGCAACAUUGAAAAGCUAGAAGCCCGUGUGGGUCUUCUAGAAGGUCGUCAUGCUGAUAAGAUCACUAACAUCCCUGAAGAGAAGGGUGAAAACUUAAUACACAUUGUCACCACUUUGACCAUGAAGUUGAGUGUCAUGCUUUCUGAGAAUGAUUUAGUCAGCGCCACACGGGUGGGAAGGGUAAAUGUGUCCCCGGAAACUGUGCCGGAGUCGCACCCGAGUCCUAAAGUUGUGAGGCUCGGCAGACUCGCUCUUGAGGAUCAAGUGUUGAUAGCAACUCUCGUUCGUUGCGGCAUCACCACCAAAGGCACUUGGUUACCAGCUCCGCAUCGCCGAUUCUACGUCAAUGAAAGACUGAUGAAAGUCCACCGUUGA